AUGGCAUUGCUAUUCUCCCGUAAUGAGGUGUCCCGUCAGAUUAACGACAAACUGGUGAACCCAUUUAAAUUCGGAAAAGUAACUCCGCUGAUGACGCUAUUGAUAAAGGCAGAAAGAGGCAGCAGACUGGUCUCAGUGCCAGACAUCGACUUUCAUGGCCUUAAGGUUUUACCAACUUAUGCAACCCGAACUGUCAGUAACACGCCGUGGACAGCCUCACAGGAGGAUGAGGAUCAUCUGCCAGAUUUCUCGGCUCGCGCUUCCAAAUUUGUAUUCCUUGCGAGCUAUGGCCAGCAGUUCGAAGGGAAUGACACAUUAAGACUGCAAGUGGCCUUGUUGGCGAUUGUUUUCCCAGGAUUGCAGGAUGUUGGGAAAUCAUCGUGGUGCCGCGACUACAAACAAAGUCGAAGGUAG